AUGGGACUGCUCUCGACUGUCAGGAGCGCGACCUGGUGUUGCUCUGGUCGCCUUGUUACCCGUCACUUCUCCCAAGCGGCGCGGCGUGGGGAGCGGCCUGGCGGGGAGGAGCUACGCCUCCUGCGGUUGGAUGACCUGGCACCGACCCCGCGGCUGGAACUUCUAUUUGGACUGUCCCCGUGUCUUCUGGCUCUGCGGGCCUCUCGCCGCCGGGUGUCCCGGCUGCUGCUCCAGGCCGGCAAGGCCGGGCUGCAGGGGGAGCGGGCCAAGCUGCUACAGGAGGCUGAGGCGCGGGACAUCCCAGUUCUGCGGCCCAGAAGGCGGAAGCUGGACGCCCUGUGCGGCUACCAGGUCCACCAGGGCGUUUGCAUGGAGGUGAACCCGCUGCGGCCCCGGCCUUGGACGGAGGCCGGGGAGGCGAACCCAGGCGACGACCCCCAGCAGCUGUGGCUUGUCCUUGAGGAGCUCCAGGAUCCCCGGAAUCUUGGAGCUGUACUGCGCUCCGCUCACUUCCUUGGAGUGGAUAAGGUCAUCACCAGCCAGAGAAACAGCUGCCCGCUUACUCCAGUAGUCAGCAAGGCCAGCGCAGGGGCUAUGGAGGUGAUGGACGUGUUCUCCACUGAUGACCUGGCCGGUUUUCUGCAGGCCAAAGCCCGGCAGGGCUGGCUUGUGGCAGGCACGGUGGGCUGCUCGGAGCCUGAGCUUUUCCAGUCCUCUGAGAUCCCCAUCAAUAGCUGCUUGGAGUUCCUCUGGGACCGGCCUACUCUUCUCGUGCUGGGGAACGAGGGUGCUGGUCUGUCCCGGGAGGUGCAGGCCUCCUGCCAGCUUCUCCUUACCAUCCUGCCCGGGCGCCAGCUGCCUCCUGGACUUGAGUCCUUGAAUGUCUCUGUGGCUGCAGGAAUUCUUCUUCACUCCAUUUGCAGCCAGAGGAAGGGUUUCCCUGCAGAGGGGGAGAGAAGACAGCUUCUCCAAGACCCCCAAGAACCCUCAUCUGUGUCUGAAGGACUGAGGGCUCGGCACCCAGGACUGUCUUCAAGAUCAGACAAAAAGAGGCAAAAUGGGGACUGACCUGGACUGCGAGACAUGCAUGUGCUGGAGCCAGGGGACGGGCUGCUCAUACGUCACAGGCUGCAGUGUGUCAGAGUCUGCCUGAGUGUGUACCUGAGCCCCUGUUUAUUGACCACAGUCUUGGGGGGCCAGGGACUUUGUGGUAGACACCAAAGUAAGCUCAGUUUUCUGUUUUGAUGUUGGACUUGCAGUUGGAGGUGGUAGUUUGUUAGUUGCCAGCAUGAGCUAGGAUGGGGGGUGUCUGUUCUGCAAGGCCUUCGUGGGGAGACGGGGCAAAUCCAGGCUCCAAUCCCUCCCACUGUGGGCCUUGAGCACAUGUCCUUAUCUUUACAUGCCUCGGGACCCCAGUCUGCACCUACCUCAGAGGGUUGUUGUGAGGAUCAAAUAAAACGGGAUAUUCUGUCCAAUUCCUCCAUUA